GUCGAUAAUAAAUGCAUUGUUAUUCUGUGCACUGUACGGUCUUUCUACAUAAAAGUGAUAGUAGUGUUACAACUUUCAUAUUGACAUGUGGUGCAACAACUCGUCGUGUCUGGCGCCCACGACUGGGGCAAGUCCACAAAUAUUUGCAGCCACGCUCCAGUAUUUAGCAGCAGCACAAUGUCUCCUCAAUCAUGAGAAUGUUCCAGAUACUCCCAUCAUAAACUUCCAAAGUUUUGAUUUCAUAAUAAUCGGUGCUGGAACAGCAGGGAGUGUACUUGCAAAACGACUUAGCGAAGUUAAAGACUGGAAGAUAUUGCUCAUAGAGGCUGGAGGCGACCCGCCUGUUGAAUCUUAUGUGCCAGGGUUAGAUCACUCAAUCACUGGUUCUUUUAACUGGGAUUAUGUAUCACUUAACAAUGGAGUUACAGAUCAGGCAAUUAUUAAUGGCUCCGUAUACUUGUCCAGAGGCAAAAUGUUUGGAGGAAGCAGCAACCUCAAUGAAAUGCACUACAUUCGUGGACAUGACCGGGAUUAUCAAAAAUGGUUCGACGCUGGAGACAUUGACUGGACACACGAUGAUAUCCACAGAUGUUUCAAAAAAAUUGAAAACCUUCAAAAUUUGAAAAUGUUAAGAGAUCCUGCCAUUCGCAAAUAUUACGGAGAUAAAGGCCAGUUAGUUAUAAAUAGGUUUAAUAGCACUAACAAGGAUAUUACCCACAAUAUCCUUAAGUCUUGGAAUGAAAUGGGAUUUAAGUUCGUUCCUGACUUAAAUAUGGCUGGUCUUAUGGGUUCUGGUAUAACAACGGUUACAGCAGCCAAUGGAGAGAGACAAAGUACAUAUACAGCUUACUUGGAGCCAAUCAAGAACAAGUGGAAUAUUAAAAUACUUAAAAAUGCUGUAGCAAAGAAAUUGUUAAUUACAAAAGAUUCCAAAUUAUGCUUUGGUGUCGAGGUUGAAAAAGAUGGUAAAAUUCUAAAUUUCUACGCUACACAUGAAGUCAUUUUAACCGCAGGAGCAGUAAGCACACCACAUCUGCUGAUGUUAUCAGGCGUUGGACCGAAGGAACACCUACUUUCCAAUGACAUCACUUGUCUAGUCGAUUCUCCAAUGGUAGGACAAAAUCUUCAAGAUCAUCUUCUAGUUCCAAUAACCGUUUAUGGUAAUGGACCAGAAAAACCAACAACAAAGGAAACCUACCGAGAUGUUAUAAACUAUCUUCUAGAUCGGUCGGGACGAUUAGCAGAGAGUACAAAGUUCACUGAUAUAACCGCAUUUUAUUCUACUAAAAACCAACCUUACCACCCAGAAUUUCAAUUAUACCUUUCAAUGGUACCAAAGAAUACAUCUAAUUUGGAAGAAUUACUCAAAUCUCAAUACAGAUACAAGGAUCCCAUUGUCGAUUCUAUGACUGAACUUAACAAAAAGCACGCACUUUACUUCUUUGCUUUCACCCUUCUACACCCAUAUUCAAGAGGCAAUAUUUCUCUAAGCCCAAACAACCCAGAAGACGCUCCCAUCAUUUACACGAACUACUUUAGCGACGCACGAGAUUUAAGAACAGCUGUUCAAGGUCUCAAAUUGGCUUCUAAAGUAGUCAAGACAACAUUUUUCAAAAGUAUAGAAGGAUUUUUGGGCCGUAUGAACUGGCCAGCCUGCGAUCACUUUGAAUUGGAUAGUGAAGAUUACUGGAAAUGUGUUUCUUUGAAUAUGGUGACUUCAAUGAGCCAUCUAGUUGGCACAUGUAGGAUGGGACCCAAUCCUAACACAGCGGUUGUGAACAGUAGACUAAAAGUCCAUGGAGUGUCGCAUUUACGAGUUGUGGAUGCCAGUGUGAUGCCAGAAAUAACUAGUAGUAACAUUUACGCACCCUGUAUAAUGAUAGCUGAGAGAGGUGCAGAGUUCAUUAUAGAAGAGUAUCAUAAUUUUAAAUAGAAACCUUUGGGUUUUUAAAUCUUUAAUCAUAAAUGUAUAUUUUUUCUUCUUUUCAGAUCAAUUUAUUGCUUUUGUUUCAUAUUAUAACAAGCAGAUAGAUGACCUGAUGGUGAGCAAUUGCUGCCUCCUAUGCACAAUCGACCGCCAAAGGAGUUACAAGUGCGUUGCCGGCUUUUUGAAGUAUCUAUCCAUAGCAUACUUCUUGUAAAUAGCUCGACUAUAC